GUUGUUUUAUUCAAAAAGCCGGCAUAUUCGUGUGUUAUGUAUGCAGCUGCAGUUCAACAGCUGCUCAAAUGUUCGGGCGCAUCCAGCCGACUCGGCAAACGCCUGCUCAGCUAUGUGCUGGGCAUCGAAACAUCCUGCGAUGACACAGGCAUUGCCAUUGUCGAUACAACUGGUCGGGUGCACGCCAAUGUGCUCGAGUCCCAGCAGCAGUUCCACACACGUUACGGCGGCAUCAUACCGCCACGUGCUCAGGAUCUGCAUCGGGCGCGCAUUGAAAACGCCUACGAGCGUUGCCUGGAGCAGGCGCAACUGCAGCCGGAGCAAUUGGAGGCGAUUGCAGUGACGACACGGCCGGGACUGCCGUUGAGCUUAAUUGUGGGCCUGCGUUUUGCACGCCAUCUGGCACGCCGGGAACAGAAACCAUUGCUGCCCGUGCAUCACAUGGAGGCACACGCGCUGCAGGUGCGCAUGGAGCAGCAAUCGGAGAUUAGCUUUCCAUAUCUGUGCCUGCUCAUCAGCGGCGGCCACUGUCAACUGGCCGUGGUACAUGGUCCCGGCCGUCUGACGCUGCUCGGCGAAACGCUGGACGAUGCGCCCGGCGAGGCAUUCGAUAAAAUAGCGCGACGCCUGCGUCUCUAUGUGCUGCCCCAGUAUCGGCUGUGGAACGGCGGCCAUGCCGUCGAGCAUGCUGCACUAGCGGCACGCGAUCCGGCUGCAUACGAGUUCCCGCUGCCAUUGUCGAGGCAGCGCGACUGCAACUUUAGCUUUGCGGGCAUCAAGAACAACUCGUUUCGUGCCAUACGCAAACAGGAGCUGGCCGAGCGCACGCCGCCCGAUGGCAUCAUCAGCAACUAUGAAGACUUCUGUGCGGGUCUGUUGCGUGCGGUCAGUCGCCAUUUAAUGCAUCGCACACAGCGCGCCCUGGAGUACUGUCUGCAGCAAGGGCUAUUUGGCGACGCGCCGCCCACCCUGGUCAUCUCGGGCGGCGUGGCCAACAACGAUGUGAUCUUUGACAAUCUGGCUCAUUUGGCCACGCAAUAUAAUUGCCGCUGCUACAGACCCUCGAAGCGCUACUGUUCCGACAAUGGCGUCAUGAUAGCCUGGCAUGGCAUCGAGCAACUGCUGCAGGAUGGGCAGAAUAGCCUGCGCCGGGACAUCGAUCACAUUGAUAUUGCAGGCAGCGCUGGCUUCCAGCACUCGGCGGUCAGCGAUGUGGCGCUGGCGGGCAUCAAAUGCAAGUGGAUCAAACCGCUUUAAGCCAAGAGACGUGACAUGCCUGAAAUUUACGACGGAACAAAACACCAAACUAAACAAAUUUUAAUAAAUAUUUGAAUAUAUAAAUGUUAAGUGAAACUAUAUUCGAACUGUCCAAAACUACAUCAAGUCUGCAAAACAGCUCUGAUCCUAACCGCAACUAAAUCUGUAAUCAGAGAGAGGGCCAAUUUGUUAUAUAUAUUUUAAGAUAUUCCAAAAAGCGCUAUGAAAAUCGAAAAUUUGUUCAUUUCGUUAAAUGUAAAUAUGUAAUUUAACAAAAAAUGUUCUAUUUAAAAUUGAAAUGAAUCCAACCCGGAUCUAUUAUGGAUGUGAAAAACCAA